AAUACGAUGCGACAAUAUCACUGCUCUGUUACUACGACACUAUUGUCAGCCAAUCUAAUUCUGAAGUGUUUAUAAUAGCGGCGCAGGCGCUUUGAAAAAGUUGAGGCUAGCUGUAUGUCUUAAGCUGGUCAGUAGGGAUUAUGCCAAGGGAAAACGUCAGCUGAAUUGGAGUUUGCCUUGUUAGGGUACUUAGCAGUUAGAGAAGUGGUAAGAUUUCUCACCCAGCCAGUCUUGUGACAGUCGCUAUUUAUGACUAAAAGGAGGAGCUUCUGGGCAUUCCAGAGGUAUGGAAGAAAAGUAAGUCCAGAAGGACUUCUCAUAAAGAUGGUGUGGAUAUUUAUCAUGAACCGGAUGAGUUCCCAGAGCAGUACAUGCUCUCAGCGUAAGCGACUGGCUCUUGGAAUAGUCAUUCUGCUUCUUGUUGAUGUCAUAUGGGUGGCUUCUUCUGAACUUACUUCGUUUAAUUUCAGAACUGAAGUCUUCAAUAAACCAUUUUUUAGCACUUUUGCAAAAACGUCUAUGUUUGUGCUAUACCUUCUGGGAUUUCUUGUGUGGAAACCAUGGCGGCAGCAGUGUACACGUGGCAUUCGUGGAAGGCAUGCAGCAUUUUUCACAGAUGCAGAAGGCUACUUCACUGCUUGCACGACUGAUAGUAGUGUGAAUAGUUCCUUGAGUGAACCUCUUUAUGUUCCUGUAAAAUUCCACGGUUUGGCAAAUGAAAAGAAUGGAAGUGCUAACAACAGUGAUACUGAAACAUCUUCUAAAAAACCUAGAGUACGAUUUAGCAACAUCAUGGAGGUUCGACAGCUACCCGCAAGUCAUGCACUAGAAGCAAAACUGUCCCGCAUGUCUUAUCCAACUGUGAAGGAUCAUGAAUCAGUGCUGAAAACUGUAGGGAAGUUUACAGUCUCCCAAGUGGCAAAAAUCAGCUUCUUCUUUUGCUUUGUGUGGUUUUUGGCCAACUUUUCAUAUCAAGAAGCACUUUCUAUGGCACAAGUAGCAAUUGUGAACAUGUUGUCUUCAACCUCUGGGCUUUUUACUUUAAUCCUAGCUGCUGUGUUUCCAAGCAACAGUGGAGAUAGAUUUACACUUUCUAAAUUAUUAGCAGUGUUUUUGAGUCUUGGUCCGGUGUUGGUUGUUGCUUUCUCUUCUGACGUCAGUGAGGCCAGAGACACACGUGGUUCACUGUGGUCUUUAACUGGAGCUGUGUUUUAUGCCGUGUACAUAGUUAUGAUUAAAAGGAAAGUGGACAGAGACGAUAAGCUUGACAUUCCAAUGUUUUUUGGUUUUGUUGGCUUGUUCAAUCUGUUAUUACUGUGGCCAGGCUUCUUUCUGCUUCAUUACACUGAUUUUGAGAAUUUUCAGCUUCCAGAUAAUAUGACAUUGGCAUAUAUCAUCAUUAAUGGCCUUAUAGGGACAGUUCUCUCAGAGUUCCUAUGGCUCUGGGGCUGUUUUCUUACUUCAUCAUUAAUAGGGACCCUUGCACUAAGCCUUACCAUACCUCUGUCCAUAAUAGCUGACAUGUGCAGACAAAAGGCACCAUUUUCUUGGCUGUUUUUUGCGGGUUCUGUUCCUGUUUUUCUUUCAUUUUUUAUUGUAACACUUCUCUGUCAUUACAACAAUUGGGAUCCUGUAAUGGUAGGAAUCAGAAGGAUAUUUGCAUUUAUAUGUAGAAAGCAUCGAAUGCAAAGAACUCCUGAAGAUAAUGAACAAUGUGAAAGUCUUAUUCCAUUGCACGGUGUUUCUCAAGAAGAUGGAACAGACUCCUGAUAAUAAAAUAUAUAUAUAAGGUUAAUGAUGAAACACUACUCAGCGAUUUGACAAUCUGUGAGAAGGCUUGAAGGAAGCUUACUUUUCAGUGCCUCUUCUUGACUUUUUAGCUUGCAAACUUUUUCAAAGCCUGCAAAUCCUAAGCUGCAUCAGCCAUCCAUAUGUGUCUGUUUUAAAGACUUCCUUAAUGAUGCACAUCAUUGCAGCUACACUGGCUUUUAAUCAGCGCAAUCAACCAAUUUGCCUUACUGAAUUAAAUAUUUUCCCCAACAGUGAGACACUUAAAAUACAAGAAAAGGUAUACACAGUUCUUGAUGACCUAUGUUGAACAGUACUGUGACCCGAACAGACUUUGUACAGAAGAGAUCUGUAAAUAAUUAUGUUAGUACUUUAUUUCUUACCAUAUCUAAUGUUAAAUAUUUCCAGCAAUUAGUGAUGUGCUAGUGUUCGCAAACACCUGCAUAUGGGAACAUGCUUGUAAACACACACCAUCUCACAUUACAUAUAUGUAUCCAUCUACAUCCAUCACCCCUUUUUCCCAUUUGUGCACAUGGGGUUGGAGUGUCCCCUCAAUGGUGACUAUCAUCUAGAGCAAAGGUUUACACCACCUAGUGGCUAUCCCUGCCGCUGUAGUUCUUCCACACCAGACACUCGCAAGCACACUCACACCUAUGGCCAAUUUAGAGUGUCCAGGCCACCUACUGCAUGUCUUUGGAAUUUGGGAGGAAAUCUACGCAAGCACAGGGAGAACAUGCAGACUCUGCACAGAGAGAGAAGCGAACCAGGGAACCUCUUGCUGUGAGUAAACAACGCUAGCUAAUGUGCUGCCUGCAUU